GUGAUCAUCGAAGGGGCGGAGUUAAACGUAGUUUCGCUCUGGACCUCCGCAGGAUGAUUUUGUAGCUGUAGGCAGCUUAUCACGGUGCAAAGAAGUAAAUCAGGUCAGAGGCUUAAAGCAGCUGGAUUUAAGUGGCAAAAGGCUUUAUUUCUUUGACCACCAUCAUCAUUAACUCAGGGACGACAGCCACUGUGAAGAGGUUAUUAGCUUCACUUGUUUCCUGAUUAACCUCUGUGUCAUCUUGGGGUUAAGUAGGUGUCAGGAAACAUCAUAUCACUAAGUCACUGGAGAAGAUGGAGACAGCAGGGAAUGUGUCCAAUGGUGCAGGGCCUGUGUAUGAGCAGAAAGAAAACACCCUCAGGCCAGAGGAUCUGUCUGAGAUGCUGGCAGCAGGGACCAAGCAGAUUCACGAAAAGGCUGAGAACACUCAGUUUGUGAAAGAUUUCCUCAGGGGUCGCAUCCGCAAAGAGCUCUUCAAGCUUGGUGCGGUGGCGCUUUACUACACUUACACGGCCCUGGAGGAGGAGAUUGAAAGAAACAAGGAUCACCCCCAUUUUGCUCCUCUUUAUUUUCCCGCUGAGCUGCAUCGCCACGAAGCUCUGGCCCGUGACCUCGAAUACUUUUACGGUCCAGAAUGGAAGAGCCAUGCAAGCUGCUCAAAGGCCACCCAACAAUAUGUGGACCGCAUCCAUCAAAUAGGGCAGGAGGACCCAGUGUUGCUGGUUGCACAUGCCUACACUCGCUACAUGGGGGACCUAUCUGGUGGGCAGGUGCUGAAGAAGGUGGCACAGAGAGCCUUGAAGCUGCCGCCCACAGGAGAGGGCUUAGAGUUCUACCAGUUCGAUGCCAUCCAUAGCGCCAAAGCAUUCAAGCAGCUGUAUCGAAGUCGGAUGAAUGAGCUGGAACUGGACAUGGAAACAAAGAAGAGACUGGUGGAUGAGGCUGUGAAGGCUUUUCUGUUCAAUAUUGAGGUGUUUGAGGAGUUAGAAGAGAUCGGCAAAACCAUCCAGGAGGAGGUUUUAGAUGCUGGCAUGCCCGUUCAUGGAGCAAUGGGUGGAGACAUCAGCAAAUGUCCCUACUACAAUGCCAAAAUGGCGGCAUCAGGUGGAACAGCAUACGUCCGUCAGCUGGCCAUGGCUGCUCUCAGACAUCCGACAGGACAGGUCCUAUUUGCUACUUGGUUUGCUGCCUUGGCUGGACUGGUUGCGUGGUAUCUGAUGUGAUCUGUCGCUCCGUCUGCCACUCUGCUGCUGUGUGAAAAGAGGACUGUAACAGGAAGGACAGUAAGGACACUGAGAUCUUUCCACGAGAUGUGGACCGUGUCAUAGCUUGUGGUCCAAGUUUAUUUAUUGUUACAUAUUGCAUAAUAAUGUAAGCUUACAAAAAUAUGGAACAGUUAAAUUCAUCAAAAUGAUCUAUAGGACCAAUAUAAUUCCAUCCAUCACGCUAGAUUUAUUCAUCUUUUAAAUUCUCUACCUCCUCCUGCACUAUCCCUCCAAUCUGUGUCCUUCCAGUUGCAUUUGGUCGUAUCUCAAGACCUCAUGUAGAUCUCCUAUUUUCUUACUGAAGUGACAUUUCGUCCCACAACUGUAUCUGGCUGUUUAGUAUUUAUUGCUUAAUAAUAAAUUGAACAUGGAGUGAGUUAAUUGUGUGAUUAGUAAAGUACGCUGUGCACUUUAGAUUUCUAUUGAAGCCUUUAGUAAGAAGAUUAUUUGGAAGUGUAAACUUUGACUCCUCGUAUAUAAUUAUCUUUAUUUCUGCACAGUAAUUCAGUUGCAAAGUUAAUGGAAAACCUAAAUUUCAUUAAUCCAUUAAGCUUCAGCUUCAAAUAUUUCCAAAAGGUUUGUUCUUUGAGACGGGUGAUAGCAGUUAAAAGCUUGAUUAAUAAUCAGUCUUCACAUACUAAUAAUAUAUACAGGACAUUUUAAUCUCUCCUGGUGCAUGUUCACUUGUAUAAUUUCUCUGUUUUCAGAAUUAUGUGACAGUGCAUCUUGUAUUUGUUCAAAAAAAACAAACAAACCUGCCUGUUGGUUUGAUUGCAGAGCUUAACUAUCCAAUAUGAAUAAUUCACUGGAAUAAUUCACUGUAAUAAUUCAGCUUUACCGGCAAACGGGAGCCUAUAUUAGGACAGAGGUGCGUGCGGCUGUUUUAAGAGGAAAAUUGUAUUUUUGUACUAAUGACGCUUCAUCCACAUUCUUUCAUGAGAUGAAUUUGUGUGAGAAUACCUUCAGCAGCUCAGCACUUAUGUAUCCAUUCGUUCUGGAUGCAUCAGUAUGCGUUGUGAAUGUACGAAGUGGGAUCAUCACAUAUAUUGAGUUUUAUUUUGUUUUUUUUUAAGCACAGAGAAGUGUGUACUGUAUGUAUUUUGUGGUUGAAGUAUAAUCUUUAUCCUAACACAGUAACGGUAUUUUUUAACUUAAAGCAGUUGAGGCACAGAGAACCAAAAAAACAACAACUUGCUGAUAACAAAGUUUAUCCAGCAUCACCUGUGUAGUGUAUUUGCACCACACAUUCAUUACAUAAGUGGAUGUGCAGUAUUUCUUUUUUAAAUAAUAGAUAGAUAUGGCAAGGAAAAUAAAGAUUUUUUUUUUUGAGUCUCAGGUUCAUGUUGAUGACAGAUGGCUUUAUGCAUCAUAUAUGGAGGACAAAUACAGGGAUAGGAUGAUACGCUCCUGUAGUUUCCAUGUAAUACCAUUUUAUAAUGCUAGUGUCAAAAUGAUUCAGUAGUUUUGGACCUAUUACCAUAGAUUAAACUUAAAGUGUGUGGAGUGAUUGCCUGAGUCAUGUGUAUUUCUAAUUUUCUUGCAUUUUCAUUGACUCUGCUCUUAAUCCUUAUCUGUAUCUAACUGGAGCUUUACUAGUAACUGGCUAGAGUAAUCUCUUUGUAUGAGAGUGGGGAAAAACUGUACGUUAUGCUUUCAGUAAUGAAAAAAGACGUUUUUCGUUUUCAUGAAGAAAUAAAACAAAUUCUUUUUGA